UAUACUUAGCGCUGGGAUCUUGGCUAGGAAAACAGGAAGUGGGGUAUGGACGCGUAGAGUCGCCGACACAAAAAUCAUCAAAGACUCUGAAGUGGCUGUUUAUAUGGACUAGUGCUACACAUAUAGGAGAGCACAAGAUGGGUUGAAACCAGCACACCAUGGAUCCAUUUACAGUCAUAUAUACCACCAGGUCCCCGUCAUUAACCCUCCCAGAGAACAUCCAUGUGAAUCUCAGCCCAUCAUUCAAUAGGCAAACCCUUCCUGGAGACCAGGAGAGAGACAUAGACAAGCAUUGGCAGGACAGACUGGUCCAGCUGCCUUCGCUCUUCAAUGGGACCAAGUUUCGUCUUGACUCUUUAGAAGAUAACAAAAGUGGUGAUCUUAACUUGAACCUUGGGGUGACCUGCUACAAAGACUUUCAGGGAACAAACCUCUCUCAGGAUGUGUUACUCAUGCAAAGUCAGGGUCUGUGUGACCAUGACAACUCACAGGCUUAUCUGUCAGAUGCUCUUGGUGUCGGAGCUUUUGUCCUGACUGCAGAUGACCACAUGGUUUUGCUGUUUCGGUCACAGAAUUGUGGAGAAGAUGUGAAUCUGUGGGACCGACCAGGCGGGCAUGCUGAACCAAAGGCACUCGUCGGAAACAUUCCAAUGGAAGAUAUCAAGGUAGAGAACAUGGAUCCAGAGAAGGUUAUCAAGGAACUCUUCAGCUCGAUCAUAGAGGAGGUAGUUUCUGAGGUGAACAUUCCUGCUGAAUCCUUACAGCCUCCGGGAAUUCUGGGAAUUCACAGGAGCAACCUAAAUGGCGGCAAGCCAAACGUAGAAUUUCUUGUAAGGUGCAAGCUGACGUCAGAGGAGGUGGAGCGCGAGUACGCAAAGGGCAGUCAUUCAGAGGCGUACGAGUCAGAGCGGAUUCUGCUUCUGCCCAUGGGAGAAGCACUGAGCUCUGAGGCGACGAAACCUGAACUGUGGGCUAAAAUGGCCGCUGGUGCAAAGGCUACCGUCACAUUGUACAAGAUGUACAGACAUCGUUUCCCUGAGGCAGCCCAGUGAACCUUCUAUGGAAAGCAUUGAAAUAACACUUAUGUUGGGUUGCAUGAAUUCUUCAUUGCAAUUACCCAUUACUUCUGUCCAAGCGUAUUUAUAGUGCAACUGUCAAAGUGAACAAUCUCUUUUUCGUAAAGUUUUAAGGGAGUUUAUUUGAAAUAUCUUUACCUUUUAAGCUAUCAAGCUCAUUUAUAUGAGAUGAUUCUUGCAUAUCAAUAUUUCCAUAUUUUUAUUAUACAAACAUUGUUGAUUUUCUGUAGGUAAGAAAAAGGCAUUCUUUAGCUCGACUAUUCGAAGAAUAGGUGGGCUAUACUACUCGCCCCGGCUAAAGUUUUAGGGCAGGUUAAAGUUUUAGGGCAAGUUGGGAUUUUCACUUAAAACUCCAAUACCAUUCAUUCAAUUGACUUAAUACUUCACACAGUUGUUCAGGGCCAUCACAUGAUGAGGUUAGAUAACUCCAUAUUAUCUUUUAUACGAAUUAUGGCCCUUGAUUGACUAUUGGACUUAGGUUAAAGUUUUAGGGCAGGUUGGGAUAUUUAUUAAUAACUUCUAUACCCUUCAUUCAAUUGACUUAAUACUUCACAAAAUUGUUCAGGACCAUCACCCAAUGAGGUUACAUAACUCCAUAUCCUUAAUAUAAGUUAUGGCCCCUGAUUGACUUUGGUUAAAGUUUUAGGCAAUUAAAAGUUAUGGGCAAGUUGGGCAAAGUCGAGCACGCUGUCUUACGACGGCUCUUGUUUACUAUAAUUAUAACAUUAAAAAUCCACCAUCAGUUACUCUAUGAAUAGAGCCCAUGGGACAUUCAUAUAAAACUGACUACUGUGUGUUAGUGAUAUAUAAAUGUGUGAGUGCCUUGCUUAUUAUUUGCACACAUGAAGGCAGUGUGUGUGUCAAACAUCAUUCCUUAUUUUGUGGGCUUAGUACAAGAUGGUUGUAACACAAUAUAUAAACAUAGGUGUUUCAACAGUCUUCUGCUAAGCCCUCAAUUUAUAUUGAUCUACAGAAGGCAUCAAUCUGAGAUUCAUUUUUUACAUGUAGAUCGUUUUCCUGAAGACUGCUAAGUUCAUAUGUCCAUUUGCAAUAAUCUAGGUUACUUAUAGAAAUGCAGGGAUCAAUAUUAGCUUGUAAAAAUGUCUGCAUUUUGUCAAAUAUAUUUAUAUAUCUGGGCUUUGGAAUUAUAAUCUCAUAGUAUUCUGGUUUGUUCAUGAAAAUCUUAUUAUAUAAUUUCAAUGACAGGAUGUGACAAGAUUUAUUUUGAAGUAUUGUUUAUCAUUUUUUGUUGUGUAUUAUAAGGCUAUUACUGUUGGCUAAAUGAAAUACUUAGCUUUUUAAGCUUGUAAAGCUUAAGAUAUAUUUAAGAAAUUUGGCCUUGGAAUUUUAUUGAUUGAACAUUUUAAAGUGAUAUUUUUCUUUUACUGAAUGCUGUUUUACCUUUGUUUUAACGGUGGGAUGUUCGGGUUUAUUCAUUUAUUUGUUAUUUAAAUUUACUUGUAAAAGCACCAUAAUUGGUGAGCCGCUGAGCGGUGCAAUACCAGUGCCAUAUUGCUUAUAAAGGUUGUAUUGUUUACAUUUUUUUCUCACCUGUUUUUUUUUUGAAGAAAGAGUCUAGCUGUUGUUAUCGUCGACAUGUUAACACAUGUUGCCAGGGAUAAAACGCUCAUGUAAUAGCAAAACUUAUCUUUUGCUUUAAUAAUUGUUGAGCUACAUAAUUGUAUGCCCCUUGUUCAACUAAGAAAGAAAACAGUCGAGCAUUGGGGUAAGCUCUGUGGCUCUCUUGUUUUGUGAUUAUAUAAUAAUUUAUUAAACUGAUCUGAUUCUAUGGCCAUAUUCAAUAGCCAGCUUAGAUCAAACUUAAAUUUAAGAAAUAGAAUCGGAGUGUUUUGAUUGGACUGUAAAAUAGUAAUUGACCAAUAGAUUAAAUGAAGUCACUGAGGCAUGUCAAAGGAUAAGAACUACUCGUAUAUAGAUAUUGAAUACGGCCCCAGAAUGAUAUCACGACCGUACCUUUUAUACAUACUAUCUAGUAUAAAUUCUCAGUGGGAAACUACGUGUUCCUUUUAUACGUGUGUGAUAUAAAAUCUCAGCAAAGACUUCUUAAGAUGUGUUUUAGGUAUCGGCCAAUAGCAUUUGUAUUUUUGAUGAUCUUAAAGAGUGUUGUGAUUAUGCACAAGUCAAUUUUCCUGCAGCUCCACGGACCUGGGUGCUGUGGUGACAAAUGACUGGUGCAUUAUACUAGUCAUUUUAGAUUGUGAAAACUUUUGUCUUCCAAAAUAUGUGUAUAUUCUAUUAUUUACUAAUAUAUUUUGCAUAAUACUGGACUAGAAAGCAAUAAACAAUAUAAAUAUAUACAAGUCUGCAUUUAUUUUACAAUUAUUUCUGAACUGAUUUGCACAGAUUUGAGGGAUCCUGGGUUUGAUUCCUGUACUGACCGCCUACUUUUCAAAGUCUGUUUCAAAAGUAUACAGAAAAGAGCUAUCAAGCAUUUUAAACAACAGAAGACUUCA